UUAUGAUCGUGCGCUGCCUUUGCCUUUUCCAGCUCUACUAAAAUUUGUUGAUACAGAUAUGUGCGUGUGUGUGUGUGUGUAUGUGUAUGUUUCUUUGUUUACAUGUGUAGUGGUGGCUAUUUCAUAAGUUCAGCUUUUGGGGCAUUCAAUUUAUUUUGUGCUCCCUCUUUGUUUUGAUUCGUUGUUGAUAAUAAAAAGAAAAAACAAAAAAUUAAUAAAGAAAAAACAACAGCUGCACUCCGCCGUCGAAAUGGAAAUAAGAUAUACUCAGAUAUUGAACCAAUUUAUUUCAAUUUUAUUUUGCACCUCGACGGCAAAAGUUGUGUUCGCGCCUGGCAUUCCAUGAUCAGUUAAGAAUAGUCCACAAAUUGACGACUGUGCGCGCGUCUGUGUGUGUGUGUGUAUAUGUACGGGAUCAGCAGCCGUUGAACGAAAGUUUAAAAUGCAUUUGUUGCUCAUGAAGCUAAUAUGCUUUAUAGUGAUUAGCACAUUGUGCUUUCAAAUCGUGUGCCCCGCUAGUGUCUGCCACUGUAUACGGAUCAAGGAUUGUGUGCCCUUUGCCCGGCUUUUGCUGCAUCACAAGCUCGAAGAGCGCGCCUCUGUGUUUUCCAUGAUUCACUCUGCUGGCUGUGGCUUUCAAGGCCUCGACCCGCUUGCCUGUUGUCCCCAUCACCAGGUGGCAUCUUCACACACCAGUCGCAGCUUACGAUUUGCCCCCACCGAGCGCUGGGUGUGGGGCACUUCAAGCUCUUCAAAGCGCAACCCAAGACUUAACUUCAACUUCGAUCGCUUUGUGGCACAUGAGACCGAAAUGCAAUUGCUCGACUAUCGAGAUUUCGAAGCUCAACGCAAUUGUCCCCAACCCAUUGAGGAUUACGAUGAUCAUACUUUUAAAUUUGGAAGCGGACAUCACUUUCACUUCCACAUUGAUCAUGACAUUGAAACAGCAGAGGACGAAUUAGGUCCGCAACCGGCUGAUAGACCAAUUGUGUUUCCUGGUGACUUGCGUUUCGAGCAUACAGCAAGCUUAACAGAUCAGGGGGAACUAUUGGCUGAUGCAAGCCAGGAACAAGUUAUGCGGGACAAGAUGCCCAUGGCCACGCCCACCGUGACCCCAGCGUCAGCAGCGAGGAUGAACCCAGCCGAUUGUGGGAUCAGUGUGAACACUCGACUAUUGGGGGGUGACGCGGUUGUUCCAGGACAAUUUCCAUGGUUCGCCCGGAUCGCCUAUCGCAAUCGCACCAGCAAUCGCAUCAGCUAUCGUUGCUCGGGCUCCGUUAUUUCCAACAAUUACGUUGUUACCGCCGCCCAUUGUGUUGUUAACUUAGUGAGUGAUCUGGAAAUAUUUCAGGUGCGCAUAGGCGAUGACAUCUCCAGCCCACAGGAUUGUGCUCCUAAUACUAAGAACUGUACUAAACCAAAUAUUUUUAAUAUUAUACGGGUGCUGGUGCAUCCCAACUACGACCAGCCGAAAUAUGCGAACGAUAUUGCACUGCUCGCCCUCAACAACAGCAUAAGCAAAUUCACGCCAAUAUGUUUACCUUUAAAUAGCACGGCAGCGCUUGCAGAUAGAAUGAUUGGGCAAAUGGGGGUUGUAGCCGGGUGGAGCACAAAAGCGGAGAAUAGUAGCUCAAACAGUUCCGGCAGCGCAGCCUCAGUGCGAUUCAUCAGAUUGCCCAUUGUGAAUACGACCAGUUGUGCGAUUACCUAUGCGACACUUAGCGAGAACUUCCAGCAACCGAUUGUGAUCACGCCGAACCAUCUGUGCGCCCAGGGCCAGCCUAUGAAGGAUGUUUGUCGCGGCGACAGUGGUGGUCCCUUCAUGGACGACGGCACCUCUGGCCUACUCAAUGCCAAUGGACGUUACACACUGCUCGGAAUUGUCGCCUUUGGGCCAACCCUAUGCGGCGUGACGACCGUUCCGGGCGUCUACACGGCUGUCAGCUCCUACAUGAACUGGAUUUUUGAUAGCAUCAAUAUGCUAAAUACAUGAACGGAAGAGUUGCGCGAGACAUGACUUUUUCCAAAGUUUUUUCAACGCCAAAGCCAAACACCGUUGUGUAUUAUUCCUAUACAAUAAUAAUAAAUAAAUAAUAGAUAAAGAGAAACAAAUAAAUUGCAAAUUUA